AUGUCUGGGAUCAUCCACAAGAUUGAGGAUACCCUGGGAGGGCACAAGAAAGAUGAGGGGCACAAGGGCGAACACCAUGGGGAGAUCAAAGGGCAGCACCAUGGUGAACACAAAGGGGAGUACCAUGGUGAACACAAAGGAGAGCACAAAGAGGGGUUUAUGGACAAGAUGAAGGACAAGUUCCAUGGUGAACACAAAGGGGAACACAAAGUGGAGCAUAAGGAAGAGGGGUUUAUGGACAAGAUGAAGGACAAGUUCCAUGGUGAUGAGCAUGAUAAGGAUGACAAAAGUGAAAAAAAGAAAAAGAAGAAGGACAAGAAGAAGCAUGACCAUGGACAUGAGAAACAUCACCAUGGUCACAGUAGCAGCAGUGACAGUGAUUAG